AUGGAAGAAUCUGAUGUAAUGAAACAGCCACAAUGGCCACGGCAAUUUCAGGUGAGAGAUUAUGUGUACUCUCAUACACAACCGCAGUGGUUUUCAAAUGAAGACCCAGUAGUGUUUAGAUGUCCUUUGGCCCCUAGUCGUACAUGCGCUUCUUGUUCUCAGCCUAAAGAAAAUUGCAAAUGUAGAUUUUGUUUCUCUUGUAAUAAAGUUGUGGGUCAGCGACAGUCAACAAGACAUCAUUGCAGGAAGUGUUGGCGUGCUUUUUGUUCAGACUGCUGGACAAGAGAAUGCUAUGUACAUAUGCUGGGUAAACCCGUAAAAGUUUGCGAUAAUUGCGCUGCUCCUCGUGCCAUAUCAUUUAUUGGUAAAAAUAAGGGAAAUAAUAUCAUGUGGGGUAUAUAUAUAUUGCAAAGAGCUGCAGAUUUGCCUAGGGUUUGUAUAACACCAUCUUGCUCUUCAUACACCUAUGGAGCCACAUGUCGCAAAUGUGGCCUUCCUACGGUAUCAACAAAACCGCACGAAAAACGAAGUAUUUAUAUAAGUAAGAUUGGUGCAAUGGAUGCAGAAAUGGUAGUGAAGUAUUUGGAAGAAAAGGAAUCCUCAUCACGUACAUCUAAAGUCAAUUUAUAUACAGAAGAUGAUGUGGAAAGGUCAUUCCGAUCGUGUUUUCCAAGAUUUCAGGAAUUAGAUGCCUUUCAGACAAUAGUUUCUUCUCAGGAAGCACAAGAUAUGUUACUCUCUAUAGUCUCCGCAACAGUCUCCUAUGAGUAUAGAAUAGCCCCUAAUCUUGCAUUAUCUCUCUCUGAUGUUCCUUACUCAGGUCUUCUUAAAAUAAUUCGUUCUACACCACGGUUUUCUGUGUUUGAAGCACCUGGAAAAGUUAGGUUUAUAUCAUUUCCAGGAACACAUGAUUAUCGUACAUUAACUGUAUCUAUGAGUUGGAGUCGGGUUGUGAAACAAAUAACCCCUCAUUUUGUUCACGGUUCUGUUGAGAGUUAUGUUUGGACUACUAUUUCUGAUGCUGCCCCUUCAGCUGAAGUUACUAGUGAUAAUAAUGAUUCUUUACUUGAUGAAUUUCAUAAGAGGUUGGAGUUUUCUCUACAUGCAGGUUUUGCCCGGGAAGCUGAUGAGUGUAUGUCACAUAUUAAAAUGCUAGAAUAUGAUUUUCUCCAGGAUGGGUAUCGUUUAGUUAUCUCAGGACAUUCUUUAGGAGGUGCUGUAGCACAGAUUGUAGCCCUUCGCUUACUCAUGGAAAACCCACAAUUGUUUAAAAACAAAUUGAGGUGUGUUUCAUUUGGUUCCCCAUUAGUAGGAAACUAUCAGUUGGCACAGUUUGUGGAGCAAAAUGGAUGGAAAUCAAACUUUCACCACAUUGUAUAUCGAUCCGAUGUAAUUCCACGCAUUUUUUGUGCAGACCAGAUGACUCAUGAUUUAACUGAACAACUUGUGCAACAUUUCAAUACGCUGCAGACUUCAUUGAAACAAUGGAUAUCUUCCUUUUCAGGUUCAAAUAAGAAAGAAAAUCCAACUGAAAUGAUGGGAAAAAUUGAUUGCAGUAUUAGAGAAAGUGAAGAUCCCCUAGAAGAGGAAAUGACGCCGGUAUCCGCUAACGAACAUCGUAAACAUCGUAUGUUUGCAUGUUUUGGACAUUACCACUUUCUCAACUUCCAUGGUGUUAAUUACUCUUCAACAAAUGAUUCCGAAACGGCCUUCCACACUCUGAAAGAAGGAGGUGGAAAUGGAAUGAAUAUGGGGGAUCACUUUCUGUCAUCUUAUAAUAGAGCAGUUAUGCUUCACUUGUAUACAAAAUGA